CUAGCAUGUGCUUGGCGGCCAUUUUUCCGUAGUACACAGUUCUGCGAUAUAGCGAGUUUUAUCACAUAUAAAAUAACCUCUGAGAUAGUAAACUUUUGACUAAUUUCCCAGGAAAUUACUCUUUUUGGAAAGUGAAUGUAUCAUUGUUUUGGGAACGUUUUCCUCGCACAGCCCCUUUCUACGACGCACAUCCGGAAGGAAACAGCAGGAAGUGGGCAGUCCCUGGGCUGUUGUGGUUCGGGUAGCUGCCUGGUGUUGGCACUGCAGUGACAGACCUGGAGGUUUGGUAGGGGAGAUCGUCCCUGGAGAGCCGCAGCCAUGGGCAAGUCAUUUGCCAACUUCAUGUGUAAGAAGGAUUUCCAUCCUGCAUCCAAAUCCAACAUCAAGAAGGUAUGGAUGGCAGAACAGAAAAUAUCUUAUGAUCAGAAAAAGCAAGAUGAUCUAAUGCAGCAGUACCUUAAGGAACAAGACUGUUAUAACAAUCGGGUACUUUUGGGUGAUGAAAAGGUAAAGAGUGGGUUGAAUUUCAUGUAUGAAGCGCCACCAGGAGCUGAAAAAGAAAUAAAAGAGGAAGGAGAGGCAACUGAAUACAAAUUUGAAUGGCAGAAGAUGGCACCUCGAGAAAAGUAUGCUAAAGAUGACAUGAAUAUCAGAGAUCAGCCCUUUGGCAUACAGGUUCGCAACGUCCGGUGUAUCAAAUGCCACAAGUGGGGUCAUGUGAACACAGACAGAGAAUGUCCACUGUUCGGUCUCUCUGGGAUUAAUGCAAGCUCAGUCACUGCCGAUGGCUCAGGACCAUCAAUGCACCCCUCGGAGUUAAUGGCGGAGAUGAGAAACAGUGGGUUUGCUCUGAAACAAAAUGUACUGGGAAGAAACCAGACCGUAAAUGAUCCAUCACAGGUCUAUGUAGUCAGUGAGGCAGAGGAAGAAGAUGAUGACCCAGAAGUGGAAUUUCUGAAAUCCUUAACAACAAAACAAAAACAGAAACUUCUAAGAAAACUAGAUCGGCUUGAAAAGAAGAAAAAGAAGGACAAGAAAAAGAAGCUAAAAAAGAAGAAAAGCAAGAGUAAGCAGAAGAAGCACAAGACCAGCAGCUCCUCCAGCGGAUCCUCCAGCAGUAGUGACAGCUCCUCUGAGAGUGAGGAUGAGAAGAGACAUCGGAAACAAUCCAAAAAAACAAAGCAUGCCAAGGAAUCUGAUGACAACAGUAGUGACUGUGAAAAAAAAAACGUGUCACAGAAGAGCAGAAGAGAAGAUGAAUCUUCAUCUAGCCAGAGAAAAGAUUAUAGUGGUCGGGAGGAAAAUCGCAACCUCAAAACUGAAGACAAAAGGUCUCAGAAAGAAAAACAUGAACAUCACAGGGCCGAGGAACAUAGCAGGUCACAUCAAAGAGAUGGCAGACCUGAGAAAAGCCAUAGAUCGGAGAAAUCUAGAUCUAAGCGAAGCCCAAGUAAUGAUCGAUCCAGAAGCAACAGGUAUACUAGCAGAAGUCCAAACAGAUAUGACCAUCGAGACGGGAAGAAGUAUGACUCUGAGAAAAGGCGCUGAGCAUUGAGGAGCAGAAGCCAAGACUGAAGAAGUAGGGGCCCUGGAAGAGAUCAGACUUUUGUCUACUGCAAUUCAAUUUUAAGGUUAUGUUGUGUGUUUUUUUUUUUUUUGUUUUUUUAACUGACAAUGUAAGGGGAAAAUAAUUUAAUUGGAUCAAUAAUGCAACAUAGACAUUAUCUUGUAUAAACAUUUACCCAGUCAACAAGAUUGGCUUAUUGUCUCUAAAGUAGAAAAUGUUGGUUAGCACUCAUUUUGUUUUGUGCAAGUUUCUUCUUCUUUUUUUUUUUUUGUGUAUUUUAUAACAUUGGUUUUCUUGUUGAUCUAAAUUUGCUUUUAAAAGGGCAACUGUUAUCCAAAAAAAAAAAAAAAGAUCCUUGACAUAGGGGAACUGUAUGCUGGUAGUGUGUUUUGAAACUUACACUGAGUGGCUUCACACGCUCCUGCAUUAAAAUGGGCAUGUGUGUAUGCUGUUGGAAGAGAAUAAGGGACAGGCUCUUUGUCAGACCACCUUAUAGCGAAUUAUAACCUACCUGAUACCAACCCUGUCCCCCAUUUCUCCUCUCUGAUUAUGUGCUUCCCCCUUCAAAUGAAUGCAGCAAUGCUGAAGGAUCUUAUUUGGCCCACUAUUAGCUGGACAGCUGAAUACAUUUUUUUAUUUUUUUGUAAAAGUCAUAUAUUGUCAUUUUGAUAGCAUUCAGGCUUCCUACUGGAUGGGAAUUUUUUUAAUAAGUAAAAAAAACAGUGGGCAUACUUUGUAAAGAGUCCUCAGGUUUAUAGAACAAGCGCCUCACAAGCUUGAAUUGCCUUAAACACAGUGGGAUCCUCCCAACCCAAACAACUUUUUUAUAGAAAUAUCAUAUCUCUCGUAGAUUUCAUGAUUGAGCUCUGCUGCCUCUCCCACACCUAUAUCUUACUAUUGACCAGGAAUAAGUUAUCACAGGAGGUGGAAGGAAUUGACUCGUACAGAAGGUUUGAUUGAGUUCAUGUUUCCAAAAUGUCCAUUUUCAGUUACACCAAUUUCUAUAGGACAGAAUAUAUAUAUAUUUUUUUUCUGUUUAGCAAAGCCAACUUUUCCGGGUUAGAAUGUUAAACUUGCCCACUCUCCAGAAAAAUAAAUGUUAGAAUAAAA